GAUAUUCAGAGUGAAUGAAGGAAUAGAGGGGAGAUUCCCCCGUCAAGUGUCAAUGGGUCUGAUGGACCAGCUCUCUGUAUAAAAGACAGGUCAGAUCAGACCUCAGACAUAGAACCAGAGCAUCAGCUAGACUUCUGACACAGAACCAGACCAGAGCAUCAGAGACCAGAGCAUAAGAAACCAGAACAUCAGAGACCAGAACAUCAGAGACCACAACAUCAGAGACCAGAGCAUCAGAGACCAGAGCAACAGAGACCAGAGCAUCAGAGACCAGAACAUCAGAGAACAUCUCAGACAAUACAAUCUUCAGCAUCUCAACCAUCUCUGAACCAUGAAGACCCUGACUGCUCUACUCCUCCUGGGACUGCUCUGCUCCCUGCAUACGACGUCUGCACAGGGUGUCAUCGCGUUGGAAACGUCAACUGACUGCUGUGUGAAAUUCAGCGCGAGGAUCCCUCUUCAACAAGUGGUUUCUCUCAGAACAACAUCCAGUAGCUGCCCUCGCAAAGCACUGAUUUUCACCACAAAGAAAGGGAAGACAUUUUGUGUUGACCCUUCUGAAGCCUGGGUCCAGAGUCAUGUGACCAAGAUUGAGAGCAGAUCGACUACUGCCAAGACGACGAUGAUGUCAUCAACUACCAUCACCCCCUAACACCCUAACCCUUGUUGGUGCACUUUAAAGGGAAUAGGUUGCCAUUAGUGACACAAACCUUGUCAUGCAUGUCUAUACCCUAUCUGAGAUUGGUAUGGAUUAGGUUCAGUAUAAUGUACUAGGUUUAGGAUAUACCAAUUGUUUAUUUUUCAAUAACUGUAAACAUAUUUGACAUGUAACUAUUCAGUAACCUAUUUAAUAUUUUAUAUUUUGUAAAGCCGUUGAAAAUUUCAAACAUCCUGUGAAAGAGUGGUUCAUAUUAUUAAAUUAACGUAUUGAUGGAUAUA